UAACGAUCGAUAUUUAUGUUUUGCCGUACCAUACACGUGAUGUAACGUGAAUAAUUUGUUUAAUUUGUGUUUUUAUGAACAUAGGCUGUGUCAUGAUAUGUCGCUAAAAAUAAUCCUGGAAUGUAUUUUUGGAAUUAUAUUUGAUGAUUUUGCGACUGCGAAGCUGUAAAGACGUGUGAAAGUUGUAAUUACGCUUCAAAUUCUAGUUUUUAUUAAGUGUCCUUGACGUAAAAAAACAAUAUUUCGAUCCAUAGUAUCAAGUUACGUGUUUUUAACGCAAAGGAAAGUCCAAAAACGCAACUAACCAAAGUGUAUUAGAAGAAAUCAUGCAAAGAAAACGUCCGCCGUCCAGAAUUAAAGUUAGACUAGAAUAGACUAAGACAUACUUACAAUAAGGAUAUGUGUUAAACACAGUAAGAAAUAACUUGGAAUCCGCCAAAAUGCCCGUCGUUUCACCGUCUCGAUACAGCACCACGUCAUCGAGCCUCUCCGGCUCGUACAGGUCCACUUUGACCUCAUCGACAGUUGACAAACCCUACUACAGGUCUACAAGCGAAAACUAUGGCACCAUUCGAAGUUUCGAAAAGUCAGAAUAUAGAUCACGGUUCUCUGACCUUGAUGGGAAUCGUGAGAGAAAGACUAUUGUGGAGCGCUCAAGGACUUCCAGAGCGCCGAGCAUCGCUGACUCUGACAGCGGUAUCUCUAGCAGGUAUCGCUCAGAGAGAAGUGAAUCCCGCUCAAGAGAUAUCUCAACAACUAGGAGUGAAAGUAGCAAAACAUCAAGUGAUACUCUUGGGCGGAGACGUCCUGUGAUCCCAUCAGCGGAUUUGGCGAUGUCACACGCAGAUUGGUAUAAUAAAUAUUCACCAGCCAACUACAUACCUUUGACGCAGAGGAUUCAGCAACAGCAGCAGCUUAACCAGAACUUUGGGGAAAUUUCAAGGUCGAAGUCUAUAUCCAAUGAUAUCGGUCGGCCUCCAGUUUCUGACCCAACGCGAUUGGCCAGAAAAGCACGGAACUCGGCAGCUACGAUAUCCGAGAGACCGGAACGAAGAUCGUAUAAGGAAAGCUCACCAGUUUACAAGAGGGGAAUGGUAAACGGUGUUAAGGACACCAACGGAAACGAAGUGCCCUCCGUGUCGGAGAUCAGAAAGAGAUUCGACCCGAAAAUGACCGUAACGAAACUACCCGCGAACGACUCGCGGUACACCGAACAAUAUCUAAACCAGCUCAAGGACUGCGAAAACGGGACCGUAGGCUACACAAAAAUCGUCCCGAAAGACGAAAAGCCGGUACCAGUACAUCUGCCUUACGAAAAGAAUGGUUUGCGCUGGGAAAUAGGUUCCUCCAGCUCCCGAUCCAACUCCAACUCAGACCUAUCACUCAGUAAGACUAUAUCCGAGCCAGUAUGCCUAGCCAAACCAAUACACGAUAGAAAUAGUUCCAUGUCCACCUCUCUCACCUCAAAACUGCCUUCCGACCGUCUAGCCAGCAUUAAAAGCCAGCUAGACCCAAACAAUCCAAUAGGAAAGAUUCUAGAAAAGUCCACAGUCAUCCACGUAGAAAAUGGCGAUUUGGAUUAUAAGAAAAAUAAUUCAGACGGAAGUAAAAUUAAAGAUAUAAAGAAUGAUAUAGAGAAACAAACGAAAACUCCUAAACAUACGUCUAACUUCGCUUCCUACAUUCAGAUCUCGCAGCCUGUUUCAUCAGGGACGACGCCGAAAAAACAGAUAGACUUAAAUCAUACGGUUAAUGAGGAGUCACCUAAGAACGAUGUGAAAGCAGAGCCAAGGAAACGAGCUAGUUUAAAGUACAUAGACUCAGAAGAUGAUAGAAUACUUCUCGACAAUGAUAUAGAAUCUCCUAGCGGUACCGGUUUUGAGAACAAAACGUUUGAACAUGAGAAUUAUUUGAAGAAGAGAACGGAAAAGAGUGAAGAAGGGAAGGAGAACUUGGAGGAGAUUAAAUCAAUGGAGACGAGUACUGAGAGUACUAUAAGUGAACCGACUGAUGAUACUAACAUGAGCCCUGAUACUCCAUCUUCCAGAAGAAGAGUGUUGGAGUCGAAGGAUUACGACGAUAUUAAAGCGGAGUUGGCCGGUGGUAAGAGUGGGCCCAGUGGGCUGCGCAGGAGCAGCGAGAGAUCCGAAUCAGUGUCUGAAGGACGUACGGACAAACAUAGUCAUACUAGUGGUCUAAACGGACUCCGGAACAUAGGCAACACAUGUUUCAUGAACAGCGUCCUGCAAUGUCUGUCGAAUACCAAGCCGCUGCUGGAGUACCUCUCCGACGAUAAAUACACGGACGAUAUCAACACCACGCUGUCUUGUAUGAAGGGGGCGCUUAUUAAAGCAUUCGGCAUAGUUAUAAAGGAACUUUGGCGCAGCGGCGAGAAGGACGCGGUGGUGAACACGACGGCACUCAAGUCGCAGGUACAGAGGUUCGCGCCCCGGUUCAUGGGAUACAGCCAGCAGGACGCUCAGGAGUUCCUCCGGUACCUGCUGGAAGGUCUGCACGAGGACGUGAACCGAGUCACCGUCAAACCGAAACCGAUACUCACUGAGAUCGAUGACAACCUUAGCGACACGGCGAAAGCAGCGGAAGCAUGGAGUCGCUACCUGCGCAUGGAGGACAGCCGCGUCGGGGACAUCUUCGUCGGACAACUCAAGUCCACGCUCCGCUGCACGCACUGCCAUCACGACAGCGUCACCUUCGACCCCUUCUGGGACCUCAGUUUGCCGAUCCCGUCCCGCACGGGCAACCUGAAGCUGCAGCAGUGUCUGUCUCACUUCACGCGCGAGGAGGAACUCGACGGGGACGAGAAACCGACGUGUUCGAAGUGCGGUGUCCGCAGAAAGUGCCUGAAGUGGUUCACAGUACAGAAGUUCCCGCAAGUCCUGGUGCUGCAUCUCAAGAGGUUCUCCCCGACGGAGCGUUUCCGUGGCAAGUUGAACGUGUUGGUGGAGUUCCCGCUGAGCAACCUCGACAUGUCUCCGUACGCGGCCGCGCGAGGGCCCGCGCCCGUCUACAACCUCUACGCAGUCAGCAACCACUCGGGUACGACGUACUCGGGUCACUACACUGCGUACUGUAAACAUCCGUACACUGGCGAGUGGCACGAGUAUAAUGACUCACGGGUGUCCCCAAUAAACAGUCGCAACGUGGUGUCCUCAGAAGCGUACGUCUUGUUCUACGAGUUGGCGCGACACACGUAGCACCCCUUACCCCCUCCCCUUACCCCUCUAUACCCCCUUACCCCCUCACACUACUCAGACGCCGCCAGAAUUACCUGCCGGCCGGUAUGACUCAAGAACUAAAUUGAAUUAUUUGGACUAGAAUCUGAUGAAGCGAUUUCAAGCCACAUAAGACGUCUGCUGAACAUAGAUCUCUUAAUUUUUGGUGAUCCCCUAAUAGUUUUUCAAGCUUGGGGAUUGAUGAUAAUCCCUGUUUUAAGAAGGAAGUGUUUUUUCCGUUUUGGACUUAUUCCAGCUAACGAUGGUGAUCAUCGAAACAAUAACAUGAUUUUAAUUUCUUAAAAUCAAUUGAGUGAGUAUCAUGUUCUUCGGAUGUAUAUAAUUUGGUCUUAAAAUCACUUUAUCUCGUUCUAAAAUUGUCUAAUGCUAAUACUCAGUCCAUUUUUAUAAAAAUUCUGACGAUGAAAAAGGACGAAACUAUGUCGAAAUAUCGUCGUCUCUUUCACACACCAAAAUAUAAGUCUAUAGUUAAAAGAAAUGCCUUAUAAAUAUAAUUUUAAACAAAUGCUUAAAGGAAUGAAUAGUACAAAACGCAAUAGUAACUUUAGGCUGUAUAUAGAUAGCCGAAUUAACUGAAAACUAAUUUAAUUAUCCACUCAUAAGGUUGAUUUUUCUGUGAGAGUUGUAAUUGAAUUCAUGUGUGGUAAUUUAAUAGUCAAUAAUUUCCGGAAUGAAUAAAAAUAACGUCAAACUCCUUUUUUAUAGUAUCCUAAAACCAGUUCCUAAGAAAAAAAAUAGUUAUAACGCUUUCUGGAAACUGUAUCAAAAUCGGUACAGCCAGUCGCGGGAUAAUCAUGGACAAACAUAAAUUUUUUGAGGUAACAUACAAUGGUAUGCCCAUGUUCACAUCGCGGAGAAUCUAACGGGUAACCGGGGCUCCGGCUCGACGUGCAGGAGAAGGAACGGGGUGGU